AUGAUACUUAUGUCUUUUAAUGAAACAGGUUCAAUACAAUAUUCUAUUCCAAUUGGUCAUGAUCUUACAUAUAGAAUGUUUACGAAUAAUACUAUUACUCUUCGAAUUUUAAAACAACGGAUAGAUACAUUAAAUAAAACUUUUUUACGUCAUAUACAUCUAUCACCAUCGACAUUGGCUCAAGAUGAUUGUAAUAAUACAAUCUUUGAUCGAGAUUUCAUAUUUAUCAUUGUCGGUCUACUAUUAUUAAUUCUAUUGAAUAUAAUUGUCAUUAUUCGACAAAUUUAUUUUAAAUCUUCUUCGAUAAGAAAUGAAACAAAAUCAAAUCAAAAGUAA